CACAUCUCUCUCAUUUCGCCUUCUUCUCCUUCGCGGCCGAUCCUCGCCCUGCUCUCCACGCGCGCGCACGGAUCCCCGCCUCUGAAUCGCGCUCUGCUCUCCAAUCCCGAUUCGCGCUUUGCGAUCUCCGAUCAUGUCGACAUCGUCCCGCAAGCGCCCGGCGGCGGAUCAAGAACCGCGCGUCGACGGCGGCAAGAAGCGGCCUCGGUACGCUUUCGGGAGCAUCUACGACUACGAGAAGCUCGAAUCCCUCGGGGAGGGCACCUACGGCGAAGUGAUCAUGGCGCGCCACCGCCGCACCAGCAAGAAAGUCGCCGUGAAGUGGGUCCGCGGCGGCGGGGAUGGCGGCCACGGCCCGCCGGACUUCCGCGCGCUAACCCGCGAGGCCGGAUGCCAAGCCGCGUGCCGCGGCCACCCGUCGAUCGUGGAGAUCCUGGAGGUGGUUGGGGACGCCAAGACUGGAGAUAUGUUCAUCGUCAUGGAGCUCGUUGCCGGCGGCCAAAGCCUGCGCGAGCAAAUCUACAGGCCCUUGUCCGAGGAUGUGACCCGCGUGAAGAUGCGCCAGCUCAUCGAUGCCGCCAAGAAGAUGCACGGAGCCGGAAUCAUCCAUCGGGAUAUCAAGCCGGAGAACGUCCUCGUGGGGAUUUUCGGCGGGCUCAAAGUUUGCGAUUUUGGUGCGGCGACGAGGCAGAAGCCGGCCGGGGUGCCGUACGAGGAUUGCCGCGUCGGCACGAUGAUCUACACCUCGCCUGAGCAGCUCUCUGGCAACCGGAACUACGGCUCUGCCGUGGACAUGUGGGCUCUUGGGUGCAUAAUGGCGGAGCUCCUGGGUGGCGAGACCCUGUUCGAGGCGGAGACAGAGAAAGACAUGCUCGCCGAGAUGUCCAAGCUUGGAGAGCAGAUCAGAACCACGGGGAAGCUGGAUUUGGAGUGGUUUGCGGAGCUUUCGGAGGCUGGGCGUGAGAUCCUGAUGGGCCUGCUUGCCUUCUGUCCGGAGGAGAGGCUCACCGCGGCAGAAGCGCUGGAGCACCGGUGGUUCAGCAAGUCCUCUGCUUUCGCCUGAGCAGAGUGCCCUGGCGCUGUCAAUUUGUUCAGUUAGAUCAUCACUCCAGCUUGGUUUAGAUGAUACUCUACUUGAUAGGUGUAGUCCUCGAUGGCUCUGAUUACUGCAUUGCAUUGCAGUGCCCUCAUCGAGUUUAAUCUUAUUCUUUGAUGUAGAUUUAUGUAAGCUUAGUUCUACUUGAUACUUGAUACGAUAGGAACCAACAUUCCUCGUCAUGUAAUUCUUUGAACAAUCAGUGUAGCCUGGAAAUUAAUUGGAAAGAUGAUUUUGUUGAAUGCA